AUGAGACGGAUGGGCGUGGCUGACGAGACUACCCAGCUCGAGAAUGCUACUGAACGGCCCAUCAUUUUCAUAUGCCACUCUCUUGGUGGAAUCAUCGUGAAACGAGCCUUGAUCUUCUCAGCGAGUCGUGUUGCAUUACAGACUUCUCGAAUACACUCUUUGUAUCUCUGUACAUAUGGCAUUUUAUUCUUUGGAACACCUCACAAUGGCUCCAACAAAGCUCGGAUGCUUAGUGGCCUCCAAAACCUCGCAACCACCGUUGUGCCGAAACGUGUGGCUCAAUUCGAAUCAGGUUUACUGAAGUCUCUCAAAGAUGGCUCGGAGACACUACAGAAUAUUACAAACGACUUCGCACCCCUUAUGCCUCGUUUUCAAAUGUACUUCUUCUGGGAGCAGCUGAAAAGCGACUUGAAAUACACGAAAGACUACGUUGUGGAUGAAUCAAGCGCUGCACCAAUGCUAGAAUCGAUGUCAGGAAGAUGUGGAAUCGCGGCAGAUCAUCGAGGGAUGUGCAAGUUUCAUAGUCCGAAUUCUGCGGGAUUUCCUACCGUCAUUGCAGCGCUCAAACGGUUCUCUCAAAGUGCUCCAAACACCAUAGCUCCGAGGCUGGCUCAGUACGCAGAUCAAUUGAACGAAAGGCGCAAGUACGAAGCAAUGGAGUUGCUGAAUAGCAUUUGA